CUUCUCUCUCUGCUACCCAAAUCUCUGAGAAAUCUCCAAAGCCAAAAAAGCGUAGCAGAAGCGAAGCCUAGAACCAGUGUUGGUGCUAGCAACAACAAAAAGGCUCUAUGGAGGCGAGUGAGCUGAAGCGGGUGUUCCAAAUGUUCGACAGGAACGGAGACGGGCGCAUCAGCAAAGAGGAGCUGAGCCAUUCCCUCGAGAACUUGGGAAUCUUCAUCCCCGACCAGGAGCUCUUCAACAUGAUCCACAAGAUCGACGUCGACGGAGAUGGCUGCGUCGAUAUUGACGAAUUCGGGGAGCUUUACCAAUCCAUAAUGGAAGAGCGGGAAGAUGAAGACGACAUGAAGGAGGCGUUCAGCGUCUUCGAUCAGAACGGUGACGGCUAUAUCACCGUCGACGAGUUGAGGACGGUCUUGUCCUCCCUGGGACUCAAGCAAGGCAGGUCCAUGGAGGACUGCAAGAGGAUGAUCAUGAAAGUUGACGUCGAUGGAGACGGCAUGGUCAAUUACAACGAGUUCAGGCAAAUGAUGAAAGGAGGAGGCUUUAGCACUUUCACUUGAUUGCUCCUGUCAUUUCUUCUUUUCUCUUUUCCUAGCUAGCUAGCUACAUUCAUCAAUGUAUUCAACAAAAAACAUCCAAAUUCAAUGCAAGCAUGUGUAAAUAGAUUUCAGAUCCUAUUAGUUGGGGUGCAUGGAGUCGGUAUCCGAGUUGUUUUUGUGGCUGAUGAAGCGGAUAUUUCUCUGCGCAGUCAGUCAUGUCGUCCGGCAUCAUGCCAGGUUGGCUCCGGCGAAGCCUUGUGUUCAAAA